CUUAACUAAUUCUUCUACACCCAUAAAACCCUCACGUAGCUCGAGGUCCAUAAAUGGCGCAUUAAUCAAAACCCAAUCACCUCUUCGCAUGUGAGUUGCUAAUUACUACUCUCUUCUUCUAUUAUUAACUUUCUUCCUCUUCUUCUUCUUCGCUUCCCUCUCCAGCAUCGCCAUGGCAGCUGCUCCGCCUCUUACUCUCCUCAUCGCUCUCUCUCUUCUCUUCAUUUCACUCCAGAGAUCUGAAUCUCUCCCCGAGAAUCCAUCCAUGAUUCUUCUAGGCGACGGAUUCGACUGGCCGAUCUCUCACGGCGACGCAUUCGACAUCAUGGACGGAGGAGAAAGCUUUGAAGAUGUCGCGGAUCGACGGUCAUUGUACUGGAAGAGGAGGAGAUACUACAUCUCUUACGGCGCACUGUCGGCGAACCGAGUCCCGUGUCCUCCCAGAUCUGGAAGAUCGUACUACACUCACAACUGCUUCAGAGCUAGAGGUCAGGUGCAUCCCUACAGUCGAGGCUGCUCCUCCAUCACUCGGUGCCGGAGAUAGAAGAAACCACGUGGCAUUUUCGUAAUUUUCAAAUCACAGACUCUGUUUGUAGUUCCCGUUCGAUUUCGAUGUGUUGUGUAGUAAACCGUGAUUAGUUACGUUUGUUUAAAUUAAUUAUGGCCCGCGGUAUUAUUAUUAUUCGAGUGAUAUCUAUAUGUAUUCAGCUUUGUGGUAAUUGUUAUUUAUUUUGUCGGUGGUUUUAAA